AUGAAGGCUUAUGGUAUAAAUGGAAAUCUGUUAAAAUGGUUUAGAAGCUACUUAAGUGAUAGAAAACAAAGGGUGGUUAUCAAGCAAUCUUCUUCAAAACUUUGCAGUAUUUCAGCUGGAGUUCCUCAAGGGUCGGUCCUUGGACCAUUACUUUUUAUAAUAUAUAUAAAUGAUAUUGCAGAAAGACUUAUUUCACUGUGCAGACUCUUCGCAGAUGACACAUCGUUCAGCUGUGCGGAUCGUGAUGCUUUUCAGAUAGAAACUGUGAUAAACCAUGAUCUAGAACAGCUGAACGAAUGGUCCAAAAAAUGGUUAAUGUCUUUUAAUCCAGAUAAAACAGAAAUUAUGUUAUUUUCUAAUGUUGAAACCCCAGAAAUGAACUUUAUAUUCAAUGGUAAAAAUAUACCUAUUACAAAUAUGCAUAAACAUUUAGGGGUUACAUUUAGCAACGAUGCUAAAUGGAAUGCCCACGUUGAUAAUAUUAUCGUAAGCACGUCUAAACAUAUAAAUAUGCUAAGGAAGUUGAAACAUAAACUGAGCAGGAAAAAUUUAGAAAAACUCUAUUUAGUUUUUAUAAGACCUUUAUUUGAGUAUGCAAGUGAGGUUUGGGAUAAUAUUGGGGUAGGUUAUGUCAAUAAACUGGAGCAAUUACAGCUCCAAGCUGCUAGGAUAGUUACGGGCUUACCUAUAUUCACAAGCUCAAGGGUUAUUUAUGAAGAACUUGGAUGGGAAACAUUAGCUGAAAGAAGAGAAAGAAGAAAAAUCCAAAUGCUUGACGACAUUUUAUCUGUUUAUACCUUGCAUAUAUUGAAGCAGUUUCUGAUCACACCUUACGAUUUUAGUUUUGAAAGUGUGAUCAAGUUUAAAAUUAUUUAUGACGGUUCACCUAACUAUCAGUCUGUUUUGUUAACAGGUGGGUGGAUCCUUGGAGAUUUUAUGUGCCAAACCUUUGGUUUCCUGAAUCUUAUUUUAACCUCUGGUAAUAUAUGGGUCAUGGCGAUAGUAUCCAUUGAAAGAUACCACAGAUUCCUUGCUGUACUUGACCACCCAUCAACAUUUUCUCCAAGAAACGUUAAUAUAAUAGUAUGUGGCAUUUACAUUCUUGUCGUACUGUUGUCCUCCGGACCACUCUAUGGACUCGGAGAAUAUUCCUAUUUCAGAGGCCAUAUCAAUCUUACAGUGACAAUUAACAUGUAUUCUAACAAUCAAACAACUGUUGCGUCAAAUCCUGACAUGACGUCAUACUAUCUUGCAACAUUCCAAAAAGUUGUGAUGCAAGGAAAAGAACAUGAUCCAAAAACAUUAAUAUCAAAUCACUUUCUCACUGACAUAGGAGUAUCUGCCCGUGUAAUAGUAUCAUCAGUCAUCAGUAUUAUUGUUAGGUCAUAUAACAUUGAGAGCAUUCAAGCAUUUUGGACAAAAUAUAAUGAUGGAUCGGUGAAGCAAUUGCUGCGUUCAUUGUUAUGGAAACCAAACUUAGGUCAUACCAUCGGUGCCUCACAUAUGGAAAUUACCACGCAUGCGGACGAAAAUCAAUACUAUCUUUAUACUAAUGUGUAUCUUGAAUCUCAAGAAAUAGGAAUGUGUAGUGUUGAUUUUACUUCAUAUAACAGUCAUGCCAUCAUAUGGUCGGGAUACCAAUUAGUGAUUUCAACAUUUAUUCCAUACGUCAUAAUUUUUGUAUGUUACGUGACAGUUUAUGCGAAAAAUCCACGUUCUGCAAUGGUUCUUGAUAAAAACGUCAACGAAGAUGAUAUUUUUGUUCUGAACUGGUUUAGUUCAGCAUCUAUACUGUGUCUUGUAGUAACGUUCAUUUACUAUUUAGUAAUUCUUAUUAACGCAAAUGGAAUUUUUGUUUCAUCAAAUGCUUUAUUUGCGAUAAGUUUUAUAUUUUAUGGGAAUGGAUUAUUUUGUUUAAUAAGUCUAUUCAUAACGAACAGAUGUCAGUGUCACCGAAUACAGACAAAAUGUAGACUUUUUUGUUAUUGUUCUGACGAGGGAUCUGCAUAUGAAUUAUCAGAUUUAUCCCUCAGAAACGAAACUAUAGAAAUACUGUCACAGAGUUCUGCGAGGCAUCCAAGCUAUGUUUAGAUUACCAUAUAAUUACAC